AGGUAAAGUGGGUUUGGUCUGCCAUGUGGGAUCACUGCACACAGGGAGGAGAGAGAGAGAGGGAGGAAGAGAGAAAGACCCUGAAGAAAAGAGAAAGGAGGAGACAGACGACAGGAGACGAAAGGCUGACACACAUUGAAAACCCCACAAGAAAAAUGCCCAAUUUUGCAGGGACAUGGAAAAUGAAAAGCAGCGAGAAUUUUGAAGAGUUGCUCAAAGCUCUGGGUGUGAAUGCCAUGCUGAGGAAGGUAGCGGUGGCAGCUGCGUCCAAGCCACAUGUGGAGAUAAGACAGAAUGGCGAGCACUUCUACAUCAAGACUUCUACCACAGUACGCACCACAGAGAUCAACUUCGUCGUUGGAGCGGAGUUUAAUGAGGAGACGGUGGACGGCAGAAAGUGUAAGAGUUUGGCCACUUGGGAAACGGAAAACAAGAUUUACUGCAAACAGGCACUACUGAGCGGGAAUGGCCCAAAGACGUUCUGGACCCGAGAACUCAACGGGGACGAACUCAUACUGACCUUUGGAGCCGAUGAUGUGGUGUGCACGCGGGUCUACGUACGAGCAUAGGAGAAGUUCACAAUUUCAACUUUCAACAAAUGAUGUUUCAGUCUUCAGUCAGAAUUUCACGUAAAAAUUAACAUCUCAAAUAAUCUGUUUUAAGUCUAUGUUUUGCAUCGUCAUGAAAAUCCCAAUUUCAGAUGGAUAUCACUGCUUUUCUCCCCUUUUUGUAUAUCAUUUUUCAAGAACUGGAAAUUAAACAAUCAAAUUAU